AUGGCUAUGCAAACUGGUCCACAGAUCUCUUGGUGGAAUGCUUUUAGAUCUCAGCCGGUGAGUCUUGCCGGAGAUUCUGACUCGUUCGGAUCUGCCGUAGAGACAGAACAUGGUGUGGAUAAACAGAACAACUCUGCUACUCACUUAGCUUUCUCACUUGGUGAUGUGAAGAGUUCAAGAGUUGUGCCAAAGCCUCAUGGAGCUGCUUUCUCAGUGCAACCACCUUGCUUGGAACUUGGAUUUACUCAGCAACAGAUGUAUCCAUGUGUGGAACAACAAUACUAUGGAGUUGUCUCAGCCUAUGGAUCUCAGAGCAGAGUAAUGCUUCCUCUAAACAUGGAAACAGAAGAUGGAACAAUCUUUGUGAACUCAAAGCAAUACCAUGCAAUCAUCAGGCGACGCCAAUCACGUGCAAAGGCUGCUGCUGUUCUUGACCAGAACAAACUGAGUAGCAGAGGCCGUAAGCCAUAUAUGCAUCACUCUCGUCAUCUCCAUGCAUUGCGCCGUCCUAGAGGAUCCGGUGGAAGAUUCUUGAACACUAAAAGUGGAACCAAUGCAAAGAAAGCUGAUGGAACUAAGCAGACUCAGAGUCAGGCUAUCUCUCAACAAAGUAACUCUCAGAACUCUGAAGUUCUUCAUCCGGAAAGUGGGACCAUGAACUUAUCGACCGGACUAAAUGUCUCCGGAUCUGAAGUUACAAGCAUGAACUACUUUCUAAGUUCUCCGGUUCAUCGUCUUGGGGGCAUGGUAAUGCCUACCAAGUGGACUGCAUCAGUGGCAGCUAUGGAUAAUGGCUGCUGCUAUUUCAAAACCUGAUAUUUUACCUUUGUUUCUCAGUCAACUGGAGAUAGAGAGGAUAGAACUCUUUGUCUUGGAAAAGGAGAAUGAGUUUUUUCUUUUUAUUCUUGCAUUUGACUGUGGACAGGCAAAUCAUCUUUGGCUCAUUCUCUACUUAGGCUUCUUCACCGUCAGGUGAACGGAGCCUUGGUUUUAUCUCAAUGUGAAAAUAGUUAGAUGGGGCUUUGGCAUUUAAGCCUCUCAUUGUGUGUGUGUGUUUGUGUUUGUGUUUAUGUAUGUUUCUGAAACAAUUGUAAAAACUUGUAGUUGUGUGGUUUAUGUAAAUAUAUUUCGAGUUAUU